CUUACUAUGGCACCAUCAGGAAGAAAGCAUGGAGGAAAAGCUAGUAAACCAGCACAGGAAGAUCAACCCAUACCUUCCUAUGACUUUCAGGAGGAAAGAAAAGAGCUGAGUGGAUCAGAGGAAGAUAUUAGAGAAGGCAAAACACCAGUAAUGGACAAGCAUGGAAAGAAAAGACCUUUGGUGACUACUCAUGUGGUUCCAGAUGAUGUGGGGGGUGAAGUACAGAAUAUGCUGGAAAGAUUUGGAGCGGACAUUAACAAGGCUCUCUUAGCUAAGAGAAAAAGAUUAGAAACGUACACAAAAGCCUCACUAAAAACCAGUAACCAGAAGAUUGAACAUGUUUGGAAAACACAGCAGGAGCAAAGGCAGAAGCUCAAUCAUGAAUUCUCCCAGCAGUUCCUGACUUUAUUUCAGCAAUGGGAUGUAGAUGUGCAGAAAGCAGAGGAGCAGGAAGAAAAACUAGCGAAUAUGCUUCGUCAGCAACAAAAAGUUUUUCAACAGGCAAGAAUAGUUCAAAGUCAGAGACUGAAAACCAUUAAGCAGCUCUAUGAGCAAUUUUUAAAGAGCAUGGAAGAGCUGGAGAAGAGCAAUGAAAAUCUUCUAGUUGGUGCACAAAAUGAACUCCGUAAAGAAAUGGCUAUGUUGCAGAAGAAGAUUAUGAUGGAUACUCAACAGCAGGAGAUGGCAACUGUUCGCAAGUCUCUUCAGUCCAUGUUAUUCUGAUGGCUCAAUGGAGAAACAACUUGUACCUAAGUAACAUGAUACAAGUAUAGGCAUUAGCCAUAGAGAAAUAUGUUAAGAUUUAAAUGUUUUAAAGUUUCUAUUAAAUGCUUUCAUGGAUUGUUCUAAUCUUGUGUCUGAUAAUGUU